CCCAAACGCCAAACUCCAUCUCCAUCACCUCGCACUUAUCGGUGAAACCGCGCGAUGAUUACGGCGGCGCCCGCGCUGCCCAUGUUCCUCCGGCUGUGCCCGGCCUCGCCCUUCCUCCUCCGCCCCAGCCUACACGUCCCCAGCUCAAGGCGCCCCACUCCGUCGCGCCUGAGCUCUUUUCGCCCUGCAAGGCCACUCUUCCCCAUCUCAGCUGUGGAGAAAACCAACGAGGCUGCUGCGGCUGGGGAGGGUGAGCUCGAGGGGAUGCCGCCCGAGUUCUACGACGAGGAGUGGCAGGCCCGUCAGCGGGAGAGGACUAAGGAGUGGCAUGCAUAUCGGCAGAAAGAGGAGGCCGAGGAGGAAAGAAUAACAAAUGAGUACCGAGAGAUAGGCAUGCGCCUGAAAGCUUAUCCGCAAGAAGAAGUUCGCAAAGCUAGGAUUUUAGUUUCAAGUUUCAUAAGAGCUGGUGGAGAUGUUGAGGAGGAAAUUGAGAAGGCUGCUGAAAGAGGAGAGCUUACUGAACUUGUCCUUAUGGUCAUCUGGAAUCGACUUGAUAUUGCUCGGCGUGAUGAUGAGCGGGAUGCCAUCAGAAGCCUUGAUCUCUUGUAUAGAAGGGUAGAGACAGAGAUUCUGAAGAGUGAAGCAACUCCUGCCAUGAGAUUGCUCAAUGAUCUUCUUAAUCUUCAUGAUGGAGGCGACAAUGAGAAGUGGUUAAAGAAAUGUAGAAAGCGCAUGCUUGAAGUCUUUCCAAGAGAGGACCCAUUCACUGUGGUCUUUCCUGCUGGGUUCAACAUGGAGAAUCGUGAAGGGCGAAUUGAGCUACCGCCUCAGGAUGAUGAUCUUCUUCUGAGAGUGGACUUUGUCAGGGAAGUUGAUGAGCUGCUGAAAGAGGUUCGUGCUGUGGAAGACAAGAACAAGCAACAAAUUGGGUUUGACCCAGAAUCAGUUGCAUAUAUGCUGAAGCAGCAGGAGAAGAUGCAGACGAUGCGUCAGGUGGAAUCUCUCCUGGACUUGGCGUCCUCCUUGAAAUGGUGAGGAUUGAGUACUAUCGAACAACUGAACAACUAUGCUGUUUGCUUGGAAGCUAGACGUCAUUGACUUGACAUUUAUACUCAACAGUUAGAGGGGGUAUCUGUUUUCAGCUAGUUAGACCAAUAACCGUUCUGGGUAGAGCCAUGCAGUUUACUUGGACAUCCAUGUACAUUUGUAUGUGUAGAGAUAUCUUACUAUAUAUCAAUGUAUGUCUACACUUCUAAUGAAAAAACUAUCUGACCC